AUGGGUCUCUUCGGUACAUCAGAAGAAGAAGAAGCUCAAUUAAGAGAAGCUGCUGAUCAAGUAAUAGCAGAAGAUAGAUUAAAGCAUAACAAUCAUUAUUCAAGAUCAAAUAGUUAUACAUCAAAUACAAAUUUAUCAGCUUAUGAAACUGCAGAAGAAGAAAUUGAUGAUGAAUUAGAUCAUAAAAGUUUGAAACAUGACGGAAAAAAUAUUAUACCAGAAGCCGCUCCAGUUGAAGCAAAUUACAACACAAACACACGACCUGAUACAAUUUUUAACACAAAUGAGGAUAUUAACAAGAAAAAUAUUAAUCAUGAAACUGAACAUCCAUUUUCCCAUCAGCGAAACAAUGACAAUAUUAAUCCAGAUUUUAAUGAUGAUUCAACAGUAAAUGAGAAAAAUUCAAUAGAACAAAUCAAGGAUAAAUCAUCAGAUGAUGAAAUUGCAACCGAACAACAAGAAGAUAAAAAAAUCGAAAUAGAAGACUUGGAUUGGGAUGGACCUGAUGAUAAAGAUAAUCCAUAUACUUGGUCAUUUGUGAAAAAAUGGUGGAUCACAAUAACAGUUGCAGUAAUGUGUUUAACAUGUUCAUUGGGAUCUUCUCUAUAUACUGCUGGUGUAGAAGAAAUAAUGAUUGAAUUUCAUGCAUCCCAGAGAUUGGUAAUAGCUGGUUUAACAUUCUAUUUACUUGGACUUGCAUUGGGGCCUGCUUUUAUGUCAGGGUUUACCGUAGUUUUAGGAAGGAAGCCAUUUUAUGUUUAUCCAUGGAUAAUUGCAAUUUUUUUCAUUUUAGGUUGUGGUUUUGCUAAGAAUAUUUGGACUAUGUUGAUAUUAAGGUUUUUUGCUGGUUUCUUUGCUUCUCCAUGCCUUUCAGUUGUUGCUGGUACAAUCAAUGACUUGUUUUCUCAUGAUCCAUUCCAACAAUCAACAGCUGUUGCAAUUUUUUGUUUAAUGCCAUUUAUGGGUCCAGUUAUCGGCCCAAUUGUCGGUGGUUUUGCUGCUGAAUACAAGGGUUGGAAGUGGGCAGCUUCAUGGGUAUUGUUGAUGUUUUAUGGAGCAUCUUUAAUAAGUGUUAUUUUUGUUCCAGAAACUUAUAAAACGGUAAUUUUAGUUAAAAGAGCAAAGAAAAGAGGAUUAAAUGUGAACAUGCCUAAACCGGACUUUGAGUUGGUGAAGAGUAUUACAAAAAUGUAUUUGCUUGUUCCAUUCAAGUUGUUGGUGGUUGAGCCAAUUGUUUUGUUCAUGUCAAUUUAUGUCGCUUUUGUGUUUGCAGUUUUAUUUGGAUUUUUUGAAGCUUUCCCAAUCAUAUUCAGAGGAGUUCAUGGUAUGGGAUUGGGAGUAUCGGGUCUUCCAUUUAUUAGUAUUUUGGUAGGUUUUGUUUUUGCAGUAUUAGUUUAUAUAAUUUUGGAUCUUUACUAUUUUUUCCCAAAAAAUAAAGAUGGAUCCAGAGUUAAAAGAGACGAAAAUGGUAAUGUUGUAUAUGAUCCACCUGAGAGGAAAUUAUUAAUUGGUAAGAUUGGUGCAAUAUUUUUACCUAUUGCUUUAUUUUGGUUAGGAUGGACCGGUAAAUUUAGAUCUGUGCAUUGGAUCGCUCCAACUUUAGCUGGUGUACCUUUUGGAUUUGGUUUAUUAAUGAUUUUCUUGAGUGUGGUGUUUUAUUUUGCGAUGGCAUUCCCUCCAGCGAUAGUAGCAUCAGCCAUGGCAGCAAACAACUUGUUGAGAUAUAUUGUUAGUUCGGUAUUCCCGUUGUUUGUCUAUGAUAUGUUCACCAACAAGACAUUAGGUAUAGGUUGGGCCGCCUCCAUAUUUGCGUUUAUCUCGUUGCUCAUGUUACCAAUUCCUUUUGUUUUCAGUUAUUUUGGACCUCAAAUGAGAGCUAGAUCUAAAUAUGGAUAUGCUGCUUAUUUUAAAGAGUUAGCUGAGAAGAGAGCAAAGAAGGAAGAAGCUGAGAAGGCCAAUUUACAAGGCGAGAAACAACUUUCGGUUCCAGGUGAAGAUGUGGGUAAAAAGGUUUAG